AAAUCACAACCACCAUCUCGUGCAAUGUUCAAUCUUUAGCUUCAUUUUCAUUAACUAAAAGAAGAAACUCUCACUUCAUAAAACUCUAAUCUUCCAAUUUUGCAUUUCCAUAACUAUGAUUAUGACAACAUAUAGCUUAUAGCUUCCUUCCAAGUUCCACCAUACUUUUACACAAUGGAUUUAUGUGAAACUUGGUUGGUUAUGCAUUUAAUGCACUUAAUGGGUUUGUUCAGUUUUUGGAUUUCAUUCAGAAAGUUCACUACUUUAUUCACAAGAGUUUUUGGUUUUCUUCACAAAAUUAUGAAGGGUAAUUGCAAUGCUUGGAUCUUAGUUUCUUUCAAUGUGUUACUCACAACUGGGUCUUUGAUAUCUUUCACAUUAGUCCUUUCAUUGGUUUAUUCAUAUGCAUUUUCAUCUCCUAAUUCAGUGAUUAAGAGUUAUGAUGAGAUUAAUGGUGAAACUAAUAGUUCUCAAUUACAAGUUCAGAGCUAUGUUUCUAGGGAUGCAUGCAAUGUGUUUGAUGGAAGGUGGAUUCAAGAUGAUAGUUAUAAUAAUUAUAGUUACCCUUUAUAUGAUGCUUCUCAAUGUCCAUUCGCAGAAAAAGGUUUUAAUUGUUUUGCGAAUGGGCGAAAAGAUAUAGGUUAUACAAAAUGGAGAUGGAAGCCUAAUGAUUGUGAUAUUCCAAGGUUUGAUGCGCGUAGAAUACUCGAACAACUUCGUGGGAAAAGAGUUGUUUUUGUUGGUGAUUCAUUGAGUAGGACUCAAUGGGAGUCUUUGAUAUGUAUGCUAAUGACAGGAGUUGAGAAUAAGAAGAGUGUUUAUGAAGUCAAAGGCAAUAAGAUUACCAAACAGAUUAGGUUUCUAGGUGUGAGGUUUAGUACUUUUGAUGUUAGAAUUGAUUUUUAUCGUUCUGUUUUUUUGGUGAAGCCUGGUCCGGUGCCUAAAUUUGUGCCGAAAAGGGUUAAGACAACACUGAGAUUGGACAAGAUUGAUGAUAUUAGCCAUGAAUGGAUUGAUUCUGAUGUUCUUAUAUUCAAUUCAGGUCACUGGUGGACACGGAGUAAGCUUUUCGAUAUGGGCUGGUAUUUUCAGGUUGGUAACUCAGUGAAGCUUGGAUUGCCAAUUAAUUCAGCUUUCAAAACAACUUUGCUCACCUGGUCAUCUUGGGUAGAGAAAAAAAUUAACACAAACAGGACGACAGUUUUCUUCCGUACUUUCGAAUCAUCACACUGGAGUGGACAUAACCAUAAUACUUGCAAAGUGACUAAAAGGCCUUGGAAGAAAACAAAUGGCAAAGACCGAAGCCCGGUUUCGGAUAUGAUCAAUAGAGUUGUCAAAAAUAUGAGUGUUCCUGUGACGGUUCUGAACGUGACACCGAUGGAUGCUUAUAGGAGUGACGGCCAUGUAGGGACUUGGAGCGACAAUCCAUCUAUACCUGAUUGCAGUCAUUGGUGUUUACCUGGUGUUCCUGAUAUGUGGAAUGAAAUUCUCUUCUCAUAUUUGCUACAAAAAGAUGAAGCAAGUUAACAUCAAAACUAGUAACAUAUUAUGUUAUGUUAUGUUUUUGGCACACAUUAUACUUUUCCAACACUUUAAUGCUCCCAACUUAGGUCACAAGCAAGCGUUACCAAGCUCGGCAUUAUGUUAUGUUAUGUUAGUUAGUGUUUGUAUUAUUAACUGUCUAUAUGUAAUU